AUGUCUACUUCUACAAAUAUUACUUUUGCUGCCGGAAGAAAAAUUUGUGAAUGUACUAUGUGUCAAUUGAAGAAAGAGUUAGAAGAUAACGAUCGUUCAACGACUGACGGAACCGUUUAUAACCUACCAGAAUAUGAAGCCAACGUAACGCCAUCAGCAAAACAGAAACCUAUUCAAAGAGUGUCCAUAGUAUUUAAAUCUAACCAAAAGCCAAGUGUUAACACCAAGGUGACGUCAGAGGCAAAUCCUCAGUCGCCAAACAGCUCCAAGACAGUUAACAGCCCAAAAAUUUCCGAAUCCAAAGUAACGGAACCAAAAACUGUGUUGGCAACAAAUUUACCUUUAGAAAAUCAAACGCCAAGUGAUGUUACCAAGGUGACGCCAGAGGCAAAUCCUCAGUCGCCAAACAGCUCCAACACAGUUAACAGCCCAAAAAUAUCUGAAUCCAAAGUAACAGAAUCAACAAAUGUGUUGCCAAGAGCUGUAAAUCAAAAAGAACAACCAACAAAAAAUGUGAUAUUACCAUCAAGGAAAUGUUCACAACCAAAGAUAAUAAAUAUUAAGGAAGAUAGAACGAACACUAGACCAUUAAACAAAUAUGCAAAAACAUACGAAUUAGAGAAAUUCGAGAAGAAAUUAUUGAUAAUUAUCAACCAAUAUGAGAUAAUUGGCUACAAGGAACCUCGUUGGGGUACAGAAAAAGAUGUAAGCGCUUUGACAAACACGUUUCCGAAAUUCGGAUUUCAGAUUGAAUUACAUGAAGAAAAAACGGUGUCGGAGGUGUCUACGUUGCUGGGAACGUGUAAGUCUGAUUUAAUUGCUUUACUAAUUGACUCUCAUCCGUGA